UGCUUCCGUCUUUCUUUCAUAUUGCAAGAAUGGCUGCCUCGAUCAGUUUUGUCAUUUUGUGUUUUUCAAGCUUCAUUAUUUUGGCUUUAUGUAACAACAAGGUAGUGCCAAGUAACAUAGAUCCCUAUGUUGAUUGUGCAAUUAAAGAACUUGCGUGGAAUUACUCCAAAAUCUUACUUCCUGAACGUGGUAAUUUGCUCUCAGUCUUUGACGCAUUACAAUUACAAGCCAGAUGCAAUGUAUCAAGACCUGAACAUGAAGAACUCAAUGUGAUCAGACGACGAAGUACGAAAUCCUUUGAUUAUUCCUCGAAAGUGAUUUUUGUUCAUCCAAACAAAGGAUCCGACGAAAACGAUGGCAGAGAGAUUAGCCCAGUUGCAACUUUGGAAAAGGCUACGGAUCUAUGUCAGCAGAGACGACAUUACCGAAAAGAUUGCACAAUUUAUCUCAUGAAAGGUGUGCAUGAACUUCGUCAAACAUUAAACCUUGGUCCCAAAGACAGUAACACACAUUUUAUUGGAGACGAUGCAAUAAUCUCAGGAGGCAAAGUUGUCGCUCCUGAAUGGAAACUUUAUGAAAAUUCAAUGCGUUUAUCUUCCGGACAGAAUGCGAUAUUCUACGACGAUCUAAAGCCUGGUGAGAGCUCAAAGUCAGUAAAAUUUAUGAAGAAAAUUAAUACAUCCGAGACAUGCUCCAGUAUCUGUGAUAAAGACGAUAAAUGUACUGCGUUUGUUUUUUUGAGUACGGGCCUCUACAAAUCAAUGUGUUAUUUUCGAUAUGAUGGUCUUUGGAACAUAGAACCUCAAAGUGGCUGCAUUAGUGGAAAGAAAAUAAAUAUAUAUGAAGCAGAUCUUAAAGAGUUUAACAUCAAACCGUUUAAUUCGUUGUUUAUUAAUGGUCGUCGUGUAGUGAGGGCACGUUUUCCUAAUGGCAAUCCAGAAACAGGCGGACUUCAUACACGACCCACUGGUUAUGUAAAUAAUGCCUUAAAAUGGCUUCCAGCCAAACAUUCACCACCUGCUGUUGAUAUACAAAUUAAAAACCCAUACAGACCACAUAAUCAGUUUCCAAUAUUCCAGUUAGGUAUUGGUGGAUCCGUUGAGCAAUUUAAUCCUCCAGAAUCGUAUUGGGCAACUAAAGCACCAUAUGGUGGUGUAACAUAUAAAGUACCAUCAGGUUUAGUGUAUAGUAAAUCACUAGAAAUAUCUAAAAACAUUUGGAGGAAACCCGAGAAAGGUAUCGUACAUACAUUAAUGCGUUAUCAUUGGGGAGGAUGGCAGUUUCAAAUUGAUGCUCGAAAUACUUCCAGUAAUACGAUAUCAUGGAGUAAGGGAGGUUUCCAGGAAGCAAGAGGGGACGUUGCGGGUGCUGAAUGGUACGUUGAGAACAUUUUUGAAGAACUUGAUGAAGCAGGAGAGUGGUAUUAUGAUGACGAGAAAAAUAAACUUUAUUACUUUCCAAAUGGAAGUUUACCUGAACAAGUCACCAUAUCUCAAUUUGAAUCAUUAAUUUCUAUUAAAGGAAGCCAGUCUAAGCCUGUCUUUAAUAUAUCCUUUUCUCAAAUCACUUUUACGGAAACGUCAUCAACAUUUUUAGAAAGUUAUGAAGUCCCAAGUGGUGGAGACUAUUCCAUUCAUCGUAACGCAGCUUUAUUUAUUGAAGGUGCUGAUAACGUUGUUGUUGAUAACUGUCUAUUCAAAAAUAUUGGUGGAAAUGCCUUAUUUCUAAGUAAGUAUAUUCGCAAUGCCGUCAUAUCAAAUAAUGAGUUUCUUUGGAUUGGAGAUAACGCCAUCGCUGUGAUUGGUUCAUCGCAACUAAUUGAUGGUACAGAUGGUAAUCAACCUCGUGGAGUUAAAAUUGUCCGUAAUCUUGCUCACGAAAUUGGACUAUUUGGAAAGCAAACGGCUGCAUAUUUUCAGUCAGUUACCUGUCAAACUCUUCUUGAAGGAAAUGUAUUUUUCAAUGGCCCCAGGGCAGGAGUAAAUUUUAAUGAUGGGUUUGGAGGGGGAAGUAAUGUUACCAAAAAUUUACUGUUCAAUUUUGUGAGAGAAACGAAAGAUCAUGGUCCUUUCAAUUCAUGGGAUAGACAACCUUAUUUGACUAAAGUAAAAGAUGAAAAAACUGCAUCUCUGACACCCAAGGAAAAUUACAUGACCUAUAACUUUAUUAUUAAUAAUUUUAAUUCUUAUUGGCCAAUUGAUCACGAUGAUGGAAGUGCAUAUUAUACUGAUCAGUAUAACUAUCUUAUCUAUGGUGGUUUUAAAAACUACCUUGGUCAUUCAAAAACUUCACAGUUUAACGUUUACAUUUAUCCAGAUGCCAACCCGAGAUAUAGUCUAAGGUUCUGUGCUGGUAGUUCUGGUACGAGAAUCGGACCAUUGGCUUCUGGGUGGGGCGAUCGUUAUACAGAUAACAUAUGUAUCAUUAAAAACGAGCAAGUUUACAGCUAUCCAAGUUGUCAUUUGAAAAACAUUUCUCAACUUAUACCUUUCACUGCGAGGAACAAGUUUUACACACCAAAUGCAAAUGUGAUUUUCAAAUGCGCAAGUCACACGUGGACGUUAAGUGAGUAUCAAAAAAUUGGUUUUGAUUUGGGAACAACUGUAUCCAAGCUUGUUGACACAAAACAAAUUAUUCAAUGGGGAAAAGAUGUAUUGAAAAUACAAUAACGAACUUCGAUUGAACGUUUAGUAUUUAGAGUUUAUUUUAAAGCUUUCUUUAAUGGGACGGUAAAUAGAUUUAUACAACUUAUUGCAUAAGAAAUCUUUAUACUAUAUAUAAUGAUAUUUCUUAUGUAUUUGACAUGAUAUAAUGAUAAUGUUAUAACACAUAAUAAAAUUUGGAUUAAUUUUUGAAAA